AUGGCUUCUAAGCGGUUUGUUGGCGCCAUGGCAAUCUUGGCAUUUGUUCUUCCUGUUGUGGCCAUGGCAACUGAAUUUACUAUUGGAGAUGACCAACGGUGGACCAUUAAUUUCGACUAUAAAGCCUGGGCCAAGGAGAAAGUAUUUCAUGUUGGAGAUAAACUAGUCUUCAAAUACACGGCAGGACGGCACAAUGUCUUCAAAGUGAAUGGUACGGCCUUCACGAACUGCAUUAUACCACCAGUAAAUGAAGCUAUUAUCACUAGAAAUGAUAAGCUUGUCAUCAUUGUAUUGGAAGAGUCGGCGUCUCUUGCACCAGCCCCCUCCAACCCCACAGCACCAGCACCUAACUCUGCUCUGGGGAUCUCUGGGUUCAGGUAUCAACUUCUGAUGGCAGCCAUGGUUGCUCUUGCCUUCCUAGCUAUUUGA